CGCGACACUGUUGUGGUUUCUUCGUGCCGUACUGAUGAAGAGCACUAUAUCGAGGACGCAUCUGCCCUGGAUAAAUCUGAUGACUCUGACCUCAACAACAAUCGGUUGGAACCAGAUACCAACGAAGUGAACACUAACAAAGAAAACUGUAUGAACAUCAGGAUCCGGAUAGAGAGGAUGUUUGACUACUUAUCAGCCUACGUUGGAAAACUAACUAUAAGAGGAAGCAGUGAAGCCGAAGUAGAACUGGCGCAAGUGGAACGUGGAAUGCAAUUGGUGAUAGAAAAGUUAAACUACGAUCAGGGAUUGCGAAACGAUCCUCUGCCACUCCGAAGAGAUCUCGCCGUUGAAGGGCGGCCCCCAUCUUCCGUGAAACAAAUGCGUAGAGGCGGAUUCCGAUGUCAAAUCGAGAUGAUGUUAAAGAGGACCGAGCUACGAGUGGACAAGAAAAAAUGUGGCAUCCCUCCUCUGAUAGCCGAAGAUAUCGAGGGGGACGACGAACAGGACCUCUGCUCUGUCUGUGAUAGGAGAGAACCUCCCGAUUCCAGCGAUGCUCCGGACGCUCCCAUCGAUUGGGUACAAUGCGAUGAGUGUCAGACAUGGGCACAUCUAGAAUGCAUUCAAUCGAGAGAAUGUGUUUGUUGUGGUGGGGUGUUUGAAGUUGCACCCAGUGAAGACUCAGAUGUUCAGUCGCAAGAAAACCAAGAAAAUUAA